AUGAAACAGACCAAUAAUGGAGCAGAAAUAGAAGCUAUCGUGAAAACAAUUAGCAUACUAAAGAAAAGAGGGUUACGCAAAGUCAGGAUAAACACCGACUCUAAAUUUGCGAUAGAUGGUUACCUGAAUUGGUUACCAAAAUGGAAUAAAAAUGGUUGGAAAACCAAUAGGAGGAAAACUGUAGUUAGUAAGGAAAUAUUUAACAAACUAAGCGAUAAUAUAACCGGGAUCAAAGUAGAACUAAUUUACGAACCAGGGCAUAGUGGAAUCAAAGGUAACGAAGAAGCCGAUAGUUUAGCUAAAAUAGCUAUAGAAUAG